AUCACCCCUGUUGUGUAGUAGAUUCUUCCAUUCCAAAAUGGCGGUAGGCAGAAGUUAAAAAGUUCUCGAAAGUCGGUUCCAGAAGUUGAAGGAAGUUUUCUGGCGACAUCCAUGAAGAAAGUGUUCCUAUAAUGCUGAUGUAGCUGACACCUGUGUGAGUCAUGGCUGAGGGCCAGGGGGCGGCUGGGUGCUCAGCUGAUGUGCAGAAAUAUUUUGACAAAGUCAUCGAUGGCGUCAGCCACAAGUGGGACGACCUGGCCCGGAAGUUAGGGUUCAGCGAGAACAAAAUUAAAGGAAUCUGGACAGAUGAGACAUUGAAGCCUGAUCAAGACCACAGGUGCAGAGAAGUGCUGCACAGGUGGAGAAACAGGGAGGGAAAGGAGGCUACUCUACAGGUUCUGAAGCAUGCACUCAUCGACAUUGAUGAACGGGCCACUGCAGAGAGUUUGGAAGAGUUACAGGAGCCACAGCCAUCCACAAGCAAACUUAAAAGGAAGGAAGAACAUCGGGAACAAACCCCUGGACAGAAGUCGAAGAAACCGAGAACUGAAUCUGAUUCUGAAGAUGGGGAAUCUCAUGAGGAAGUGGAAUUUCCAGUUGGAGCUGCAGGAACAGACGUCAAUCUGACAGAUUUGUUCCAGAAGUCUGUGAAGAGGCGCUAUGAGUUGAAACUGACUCACUUCAAGCCUCUGAUCUGGAAUGAUGACUUCACACUUAGCCUCAGUGAGAUCUUCACCCAGUUAGAGUUGAUACAAAAAUCAAAACAUAAAAGGUCAGAAUCAAUGAGGGGGGAAGAGAGGAAAGAACUUAAGUCAUUAGACGACUUGUUCAAGACAGAUGUCACAGGACUGUCCACAGCACCAAGGUGCAUUCUGAUUGAGGGUGAAGCUGGAGGGGGGAAGACAACGUUUCUGUCCAAAGAAGCCCUAGAUGCCGUCUCACAGAAAACAGAGCUGGGCAGAUGGCACGACAUCGUCCUGUUGAUCCGACUCCGGGAGGUGAGAGAGGGGGAGACCAUAGAGGAGAUGGUGUGGGACCAGUGUGUUGAUGAAACAACUGAAGGUAUUGAAGCACAGUCCAUUAGAACAAUCCUACAGAGGAACAAGUCCCGUGUGCUCUUCCUCCUAGAUGGGUAUGAUGAGCUGCGGCCUGAGGCCAGGGCAGCUGGGCAGGCCAUUCCCAAACUGCUAUCUGGCAAGAUGUACCCCAACAGCACGAUUGUGAUCACCUCCCGACCCUCAGCAGGAGUGCAGCAGUACACCCGGCCAGACUGUCAUGUACAUAUCAUGGGCUUCUCCCGUAGACAUGUAGGGAAAUACAUGCAGCAGUAUUUCACUGUCGUUGGGAAGCAAGAACUGGCAAAGAGACUUGCUGUACAUAUCAACAGUAAUGAACUUUUAAACACUUUAAUCUAUACACCAAUGUUCCUGAUGUUUGUGUGUCUGCUGUGGGAGGAGGACCAAGAGAUGGUGUCUACUGGAACAAUGAUGGGGCUGUACGACAACCUGCUGACAUGUCUGGUCAGAAAGUGCUGUGAGCGGGAAGGAGUGGACAUGCCAACAGAAGGGCUGCCUACAGAGGUUGCUGAGUCAUUACUGCAGCUCGGCAAGCUUGCACUAGAGGCACUGCUGAGGAAUGAGACCCCGCUUGAUCUUACAGAAGUAAAGAGAGAAAAGGUUAAUUGGGAGUUACUGUUAAAGCUGGGUGUGGUCUUCUUAGAGGUUUCUUCCUCAAAACUGCAUCCUAGGAAACAGCUGAACUUUUCACACAAGACCAUGCAAGAGUUCCUGGCCGGACGAUAUGUAGCUCAUGCUCAAGUGAAGCAAGACAUUUUUGAGCUGCUGCAGCUCACCUCCAUAAGCAAGGCACUUGAACUCAGUAACCUGCUUCAGUUCACAUGUGGCUGUGACUCACAGACAGCACAAGCUGUGAUGGAGGAACUAAGCAAGCUCAGCAGUAAGGAGUUUUCACAUUUACGACCAGAUGACUUUCAGGAGGAAUCCCACCUACCUGUAAAGCCAGAUGUGGAGAAAUCAGUUGAAACUUACACGAGGUUCAUGUUGCUGUGCCUGAAUAUCCUGAAUGAAAGAAAAGAGCAGGGUGUUCUGCAGGCUGUCAGCAGAGCCCUGCCAGUUAUCUACUUGGACCUCGACAGUAAACAACCUGCUGCUCUGCAGUAUUACUUGGAAAACAUCCAGUCAUCACAUCUCCCUGAUAGAAUGAUACUGUCAAGCCUAAAAUCAUCUUAUGAUGAUAAAUCAGAAGCUCUUCGGUACCUGGAACAGAUUUUCACCUCGCGUGUUCCCGGCCUGCAGUUAGACCUAAGACUGAACUAUGUAACAUUUGACUCACCUGAUCUGACAGCCAAGCUGGUUUCAGUUCUGAAGAAUGUUCCCUGUCUGAGGGUGCUGGGUCUGUUAAGCACAAACCUAACACCAUCAUCACUCCAGCCACUUGUGCAGGGGUUCAGACACAUGUUUCUGUUAGAGGAGCUGGAUUUUACUGAGAACCAUGACCUUGGUGAUGCUGGGAUGGAAGUCCUACAGGUUGGGCUGUCCAGUGUUCCACACCUGGCUGUACUCCGUCUUGGAGGGGUAAUAUAUGGAGUCAACAUGACAGCUCUGGGCAUGUCAUCCCUGGCUCCCAACAUGCGCCACCUAGUGGGACUAAGAGAACUGGAUAUAAGUAAGAAUAAGAUCGGUGACACUGGGCUGGAAUCUCUCACCACCGUCCUCCACACCUUCACUGCCAUGCAGGUGUUGGGCCUGGAAAGUACCGGUAUCAGCCCCACAGGCAUGCGCACACUGGUCCCUGCACUGUGUAAGUUAACCAGACUGAUCAAACUGGACAUUAGUAGUAAUGCCAUAGGAGACCCCGGGCUGGAAUGCCUAGCUGCUAUCCUCCACCACCUCACAGCCAUGAAGGUGUUGGUUCUCAGUUGGACAGGUAUCAGUGACAGGGGAAUAUCAUCCCUGAUCAAAGCUCUGCCUCACCUGGUGCAAUUACUGGUGUUGAAUGUGAGGUCCAAUAACAUAGGAGACUCAGGGAUUGUCUCACUGGUGCAAACACUCUGCCAGCCCAGCAGUUUGGACAUGGAACAAAACCCACCUGGUGACAAGAGUCUGACCACAGCCCCUCACUAUAACACCACACUACAGGAGCUGUACAUCGGGUUGAAUAGGGGAGUAACAGGAGCCGGACUGGGGAGGGUCACACAGCUCAUCAGCACACUGCCGUCACUGACCUGGCUGGACAUGUCUGGUCCCGGGGGCACACCUGCACACCUGUCUGACACCGCUGCCAUGGAUCUGGCCGAGGCUCUACCCAGACUCCCUGCCCUGGAGCAGCUGAACCUGAAUGACAUCUCCAUGGAGCCUGCAGGGUUCCAGGCUGUGGUGCAGGCUGCUGAGGAACACCCAACACUGGAGAGGCUGUUGUACAAUAGGGAGCUAGUUCCUGAGGGAGCGGACACCACAGCCAGCUGUCUGAAGCUGGAGUGAGUUCCCAAUAUGGCGACCUGUUCUGUUCAUUUCCUCAGCUCAGGUGUGGCUGUCCCGACAGGUGCCCUCCAGUCUGGACCCCCUGUGUAAGUACACCAGCAGGUGUAAGGUGUGGGGGACGGCCUACGUGGACAGGGAGAAACUG